AUGCUUCCCAUGAUGCAGUAUUAUUCCUUGCAGGCUGUAACCCUUACAAACCCUGCGAAGGAGGGGGUUACUUGCACCUCCCUAGACUCCUGCUACCGCCACAGUGAAGAUGACAGCAAGGCAGAGCUAGGGCGCGCACUGAGCGGCGGGCCAGGAGAAGCAAGCGAUGAAAUACUUGGGAAGCCUGAGAAGGGUGGGCUGGGGCUCUCGGGAGCAUGCGCGGGGUGGGGCGGUGGGGGCACGGAGGCGGCGCUCCAGGCUACUCCGCGCGCCCCGGGCCCCUUCCGCGCGUUCCCAGCUCCCCACGCUCCCAUCCGGGUUUCCCCCGCGCGUCUCCGGCUCCCCGCCUCCUGGCCCGCCCCUGGCGGGUCCGCGCAGGAUCAGGCCACAGAGCUGCCCACUGGCGUAUGCGCGGCGGGUUUUUGGGGAGGGCGAGGGGGGGCGUUGGGAGGAGGAACCCCAACCCGGUGGACGUGCGCCUCGCAGCGGCGCAGGCGGCUGCGAGGCCUGAGCAGUGAGUGCCUGGGAGACCCGGCCUGUCCUCGUCCUACCCGUGUACCCUGCGCUGGCCGCUGCUCCGGACGCCGGGCUGGGGGGCGCCUACCCGCUGCCCUCACAUAUACUUGGCAGGAACUGGGGGCGUGGAGGAGAGGCUCAUCUGAGUUGGGGUCUGAAGAGGAAAUUGCAAUGGUAACUGCGUUUUCGUUGCUGUUGUUAACGGUGUUUGGUAUUUUGGAGGAAGCUAAAGAGCAAUUUGAUUUAGAAGACUAUUCCUUCACACCUGUGUGCUCCGCUCGCGCACCGCGGACCGCUUCAACCGGACCUCCUGCAGUCCGCACCGCUGACCCCUACCGCUCCACGCCCUGCGCGCCCUCGGCCCUCGUGCAGCCAGCUCCCGGCCGGGUCCGCGCGAGGGCCAGGUUACAGACCUGCUCGCGGGCAUCUGGCGGUUGGGAAGGGCGUUCGGAGGAGGGGUCCCGCUCGGGUGGACGCGAGCUCCUCAGUGGCGGAGGCGGCGAGACCUGUACGGAUAUAGUGGCCAAGGAAUUAUCUGGGCAAUCAGAAGAUGAAGCUGUACAAAACAAAAGAAAGAGAAUCCUGGAGCAGCCUCAGGAGUUGCUGAAUUCCACAGUACUUAUUAAAGAACUCAUAAAGAUAUAUUUUAAGUCUCUGGCCAUUCUGGCUGUAAAAAAUAUCUCUCUUGCAAUCCAAAACGGGGAGUGCUUUGGAUUGCUUGGAUAUAAUGGAGCUGGAAAAACAACUACUUUCCAAAUUUUGACUGGGGAAGAGAGUCCUACUUCUGGAGAUGUGUUCAUUGAUGGCUUUAGCAUCACAAAAGAUAUCCUACAGGUGAGGUCAAGAAUUGGCUAUUGUCCUCAGUUUGAUGCCUUGCUGGAAUAUAUGACUGCUCAGGAAAUAAUGGUUAUGUAUGCCAGAAUAUGGGGAGUCUCUGAGCCCCAGAUUGGGCUGUAUGUGAACAAAUGGUUGAAUUCACUGGACCUGGAGUCUCAUGCUGACGAGCUUAUCUGCACCUACAGUGGAGGAAACAAACGCAGGCUGAGUACUGCUAUUGCCCUAAUGGGAAGGCCUUCAGUCAUCUUCCUGGAUGAGCCAUCAACUGGCAUGGACCCAGUAGCCCGACGCCUGCUCUGGAACACGGUGACAAAGACACGUGAAAGUGGAAAAGCCAUCGUUAUAACCUCCCACAGUAUGGAGGAAUGUGAUGCCCUCUGUACCAGUCUUGCCAUGAUGGUGCAGGGGAAGUUAAUGUGCCUGGGCAGCCCUCAGCAUCUCAAGAACAAGUUUGGCAACAUUUACAUCCUGAAGGUCAAGUUCAAGACUGAAGCUAAAUUAGAGGAUUUUAAAUGUUAUGUUACAACAAGGUUUCCAGGUAGUAUCUUAAAACAUGAGAAUCAAGGAAUCCUUAACUACUACAUUCCCAGCAAGGACAACCGCUGGGGAAAGGUGUUUGGCAUUUUGGAGCACGCUAAAGAGCAAUUUGAUAUAGAAGACUACUCCGUCAGUCAGAUCACACUGGAACAAGUCUUCCUGACCUUUGCUAACCCAGAGAAAGAAUUCAGUGAUGAGGAAAAUGAGGUGCCAUGAAAUUCAAUUACAACCAGUGACCCUCGUGUCUUACAUAGUUGACACCUGGACCUUCUGUGUAUAGGGGGACCUUCCUGUGCAUGUAUAUCUUGAUAUAAAUAUAUUUAUGUAAUGAAGAUUUUCCCAAAGGAGAAUGUUUGUCCCCUUCAUUGCAGAUUUAGAUGAGUGGCCUGUGUAUCCAGCAUGCUCAAAUCUGAGGACAUUUGGUGAAAUUACUGUUUUCUCUUCCUGAGAUAAUGAAAGAGGAGCAUUUAUCAGGGUUGGGACAGGAACCUGUUCCUGAGUGUUCUGGAUGUUUGAAUAGAAAGAUCCAGUAAGGAUGGAGCUGUCAGAUGGGAUGGCCCAAAGAACAAGAGCUUUAUGUUUUAGCUGCUGAGUUACAGAUGAGAAGAGCAUAAGGCCUGGAUCACAUCGGCUUUUUCAUGAAUACACACACACACAUUCACACUCAGACACACAUGUACACAUGCACAUAUAUCUAAUAUAAAUCAUCAAUGUUGGAGGGCUGAGUGGGGUUACUAUUUCAAAAAUUCAAAAUAAAGUUCUUAUGCUUCAGUUGAAAAAGAAUUUUUGCACCAAGAACAUUUGGGGUCCAUGACCAGAAUUUUUAAAAAGGGUUAUUUAAAAAUAUUGUGUUUUCUUUUCUACCAUUGUCUCACCUCUAAUAAAGAAGAAAAGAAGGAGAAAUAAAGUGGAGAAGGAGGGACACAGAGAGUUUCUUCUGAUUCUUGCCUUGGUAGAUAGAUGAAGUCCCCCAUAAAUAAGAUGAGAACUCUAAUCACCUCUUCAGGAUUCAUAGACAACUGAGUAGACAGCUAGGAUAGUUCUUGUGGAAUGGCAAGGUGAAGAGAGUCUGCAAAGCUGCUCUAUUUUGGGGUGGCUUGUUCAGUGUUUUCAAAUCCUUAAUUGGAUAUUGUUGAUUAUAAAGUGACAUCCACCAGAUGCUUACUAUUCUUUUUUUUUUUUUUCUUAAAGAGGGAAUUUGAGUUUGUAUCUAUGAAGAGUCUAGGAGCAUUAGAAGUCUCCAAUUAAAAC